AUGAAGACCUACGGGGAGAAGCUGUCAAUACUCUUCAUUGUGCAUGGCGUGCCGGGUGGAUCAAUCAACAAUGUUGAUCAGGCGAACUACCCAGACGACCACUUCUACAAUGUUCAUGAGUUGGCGUGGAUGGAUCAACGUGUGCGGAAGAAGUACUUGGAAAUGUUACCAUCGUAA